UUGAAGCCGUCCUUGUCCGCGUUGCUCUCAUUUAACCGCCAGGUGUGUCCUUAGAGUCCGCUCCAGACUACUUUUUGGUGGACAAACUCGGACCGAAAGGGAUGCGCCAGUCAUUUCAUUUUGGCUGAGGACUGAACAUGGCUCACAGGAAAGCAAUCCCCAGUGAAAUGAGGCCACUCAUUUCUCAGGUUAAUCGUCAAAUAAUUUAAGGCUAACCGCAAACUUUGAAUAUUUCUGCUGAGGGCUGAGGAAAAAGGAAAUAUAUAUAUAUAUAUAUAUAUAUAUAUAUCAAUCUCCCUUGACGACUGUCGGCAGACCAGACGCGGUUGCAGUCUUCUGAAUUUUAAUGCGGGAAAGUUCUAAACGGAUUGAGUGGCAGCUGAAGUUAUUUUGACGCGACAUUCUGGGCUGGUGGAUGUAGCAGCUUUUGGACGGAUUGCGGCCAAGCGCUCAUCAAGUCUCUUGGUUCAGGAAGAUCUUCUCAUGACCCCAUGGAACGGAAUUUACUAGUGAUGCUAUUUUGGCUCCCGGUGCUGCUCUGCAGCUUCGCUGAAGGCAGCAUUAUGUAUCGGGUCCAAGAAGAGCAACCUCCCAACACUCUUAUUGGUAGUCUGGCUGCAGACCACGGGCUGCCAGACUCAGGUCAUCUCUACAAGCUGGAGGUGGGUGCCCCUUAUCUACGUGUUGAUGGAAAGACCGGAGAUAUUUUCACCACUGAGAUCCCCAUCGACAGAGAGACACUGAGAGACUGCCGGUUGCUUGUUAGGGGUAAGCCCUGCUACCUGGAAUUUGAAGUAUCCGUAACAGAUCUGAUACAGAACCAGAGCCCUCGACUCAUUGAAGGACGCAUUGAGGUACAGGACAUCAAUGACAACACCCCCCAGUUCCCGUCUUCUGUGCUCACUAUAUCGGUCCCUGAGAACACGAUCAUGGGGGCACUGUUCUCCAUACCGUUAGCAACUGACAGAGACUCAGAAAGGAAUGGGGUGAAUGAUUAUGCCCUGACAGCAGGACAAGAUGCAGAAACACUGUUUGGUUUACAAGUGGCAGAUGACAGGGGUGGCAAGCUCCCACAGCUUAUUGUUCUGGGCAACUUAGAUCGUGAGAUAAAGGAUUCCUAUGACCUUACCAUAAAGGCUGUGGAUGGAGGAAACCCACAGCGCUACAGCAGUGCUUUGCUGCGAGUGGUCGUCACUGAUGCCAAUGACAAUUCACCCAAGUUUGAAAAAUUGACAUAUGAAGCAGAAGUAUCGGAGAACAGUCCAGUGGGGCAUUCAGUGCUGCAGGUUAAAGCAAAUGACUCUGACAUGGGCCCUAAUGGAGAAAUUGAGUACACACUUCAUCAAGCAGGAGACGCAGUGCCAAAACUCUUACGAAUAGAUCGGUCCACUGGUAUCAUCUAUGUCAAAGGACCACUGGACCGAGAGGAGAUUGACAGCCUGUCCUUCUACGUGGUAGCAAGGGAUAAGGGUCCACAACCGAAGAGCUCAAAGACCUUUGUUACCAUUGAGGUGAAUGACCAAAAUGACAAUGCUCCAGCUGUGGAGAUUCGUGGCAUUGGUCUUGUGACUCACAGUGACGGAGUAGCUAACAUUUCAGAAGAUAUGCCGGUGGGAACCGCUGUUGCUUUGGUGCAAGUGUCUGACAAGGACGAGGGAGAGAAUGCUGUGGUCACAUGUGUGGUUGCGGGGGAUGUGCCCUUCCAGCUCCGCCCUAUCAGUGACUCAUCCAGUGACAACAAGAGGAAAUAUUUCCUACAAACAACCACUCUCCUCGACUAUGAAAGGGUGAAGGAUUAUCGAGUGGAGAUUGUGGCUGUAGAUUCUGGGAAUCCUGCGCUCUCUAGUACUAACUCAUUGAAAGUACAGGUAACUGAUGUAAAUGAUAACUCUCCAGUAUUCUCCCCAACCUUGUUUGAGGUAGAUUUUGCAGAAGAAAAUCAACCUGGAGAAAAGGUUUUGGAUGUUAUAGCUUCAGAUGCGGACAGCGGCACAAACGCAGACCUUCUCUAUCACAUUGUAGCAGACACAUCCAUCAAGGGUCUGUUUGAGAUUGAUCCAAAAACAGGGGAAGUCAAAGCUCGGAACCCACUUGAUCGUGAGCACAAAGAACACUAUGAGUUCCGGGUCACUGCAGCUGACAAAGGGUCACCUGUCCAUAAAGGAACAGCAAGUGUUGUAAUAAAAGUUCUUGACCGCAAUGACAAUGACCCCAAAUUUAUGCUGAGUGGCUACAGCUUCUCAGUUUUAGAAAACAUGCCUCCCCUGAGCCCUGUUGGCAUGGUAACAGUCAUGGAUGUUGAUAAAGGUGAAAAUGCUCAUGUUCAACUCUCUGUAGAGUCUGAUGGAGGGAAAUUUGUUGUUCAAAAUGGAACUGGGACCAUUCUCUCAAGCAUUUCAUUUGACAGGGAGAAAGAGAGCAGCUACACUUUCCGUCUAAAAGCAGUGGAUGGGGGGCAACCACCCCGGUCUUCUUAUGUGGGUGUUACCAUCAAUGUACUGGAUGAAAAUGACAAUGAUCCAGUUGUUACAAAACCCUCCAAUUCUUCCUUCAGACUUUUGUCACCCCUUGCUUCCCCUGAUAGUCAUGUGGAAAUGGUGGAAGCUGAAGACCUUGACAGUGGGCUCAACGCAGAGCUGGUCUUCAGCAUUGCAGGUGGUAACCCUUACCAGUUAUUUCGCAUUUCGCCGUCCAGUGGAGAGAUUACGCUAGCAAAGGAGAUGGCCCCAAAAUAUGGCGGACUCCAUCGCCUGGUGGUAAAAGUGACUGACAGAGGGAAGCCUGCACGUCAUGCCACUGCCUUGGUCCAUAUCUAUGUUAAUGAAACCAUUUCAAACGUCAGCUUAGUGGAGGCUCUAAUUGGACACAGUCUCUACACUCCACUAGACAGGGAUAUUGCUGGUGAUCCUGACAAUGGCUUUGCUGCACAACGGAGCAACAUUUUGUUUGGAAGCCUUGCUGGGGUGGCAGGUGUUGUUAUGCUUAUCUUGGUGGUGGUUUUUAUUCGACACCGCAUCCAAAGAGAAACAAAGAGUGGAUAUCAACCGGGCAAGAAGGAAACAAAGGACUUGUACGCACCUAAACAGGCACCAAAAAAUGUCAAAGGGAAACGAGGUAGGAAAGGAAAACCUCAGAAAUCCCCAAAACCACUUGGGGAAGAAGAGGAGGUCAGCCUCCAAAAAAGCCUCAAAUUCAACCUUGACGCAGUCAAUGAUAGCCCAAGGAUACAUCUGCCCCUGACUUACUCACCAGAAAGCCCUGAUAUAGGUCGGCACUAUCGCUCCAACUCCCCGCUGCCCUCCAUUCAGCUCCAGGCCCAGUCUCCCUCGGGCUCACAAAAACAUCAGGCAGUCCAAGACCUUCCGGCUACUAAUACCUUUGUAGGCACUGGAGGAGAUGACAACUCUACUGGGUCAGACCAGUACUCUGAUUACAGCUACAAGACCAGUCAACCCAAGUACAACAAACAGCAUCCCCAUCGGCGAGUGACCUUCUCCACCACCAACCCUGUGCAGGACCUGCAGGAUGCCUCUCAGCACAGUUACUAUGACAGCGGCUUGGAAGAAUCAGAGACACCCAGCAGCAAGUCAUCGUCUGGCCCUCGCAUCGGACCCUUGAACCUGCCUGAAGACCACUAUGAGCGAACCACUCCAGAUGGCAGCAUUGGAGAAAGCGAGCACCCUGAAAACGACAUUCGCUCGCUUCCUGAUGUGGCAAUGACCGGAAACUGUACAACUGAGUGCAGCGAAUUGGGCCACUCAGAUGCGUGCUGGAUGCCCGGGCAUCCCUCUCCUGUACGCAGGACGAGGAACCCCCCGAAACUCUCCACUUUUGUGCCUUACCAGGAAAGAGGGAGUCUGGGACGCCUGGCAAAUGGCAGCGCCAUUCUGGGAGGCGAAGAGCACCGGUCACGCCUUGCACCCUCUCGCAGUGCCUAUUCUAGCAGCGGUCACGAUGCCAGUCAGGACUGCCCCUUGGAGGAGAUGCCCCUCAGUGUAACCUCUGAGUUCCCGCCCACCUCGCCGUCUACCCACACUCCUAAAAGAGAAAUCUAUCUGUGAAUAUCCAAUCAGUGCAGAAAUGAAGAAAAGAUCAACCAUGGCAGUAGAACAAAUAAAGCCGCCCACCUGCCAAUGCCAAGGUCCAGUUGAAAUUAACAGUAGACAGUGAUUCAUUCAAUUACCGGCGUGAUCACUUGGGUCAUUUGCCAUCUCCACCAUCUAAUAAUUUAUUAGCAUAUUUAUUACAAAUUCCACAAGGUUAAUUGAUAUACUCUAAUUUAUUUAUUCACAAGGACAUGGAUCAAAAUGAGUUGGUCAUUACUACUAAUGUAGUAACUAAUAAUUGUCGUAGUUAGCCACGUCCAACGCUGUCAAGUGAUCUUUUGAAUUUGAAACUUGUGAUCAGUGCUCUUGUGCCAUUGUUAGAGAAUUUUGAUCGGUAGCCAAUACGGCCCUAUCAGAUGGCAUUCUGCUUUUAACUAACAAUCAAAUGAUAUGUUCUCUUGUUGUAUAGUGCUGUAAAUACAUUUUGAAUGGUGUGCUCUACAUACUUUUGUCUGGCAGAAGCUGAUAACAAAAAAAAAAAAAAGUAAUUUGGCUCAGAAUUUUGCCGUCGUCAAGGUUUUCUUUGCUGCUGCUGUUUAAAACUUGAUUGAGAACAUCUCCAGGAGGUGAGCUCAAUAUUGUGGAAAACAUUUAUCCGCCUCAUAUAAUCACACACACCUUCAGCCCCUAAUCAUAGCAAAAUGGCCUUUACCUCUGCUCCCCGUAGAGUUUCGCCAUGGGUGGAGAAAGCUCUGCAGCAACAUUUGAACAGACAUUAUGUUCCAUUGACUCUCAGCACUGUGACCUAUAGUUUAUCAUCGGAACACUUGACUUGGCCACAGUCCCCUGGAGUCACAAUGACCAAACACCAAAUUGGAUUGUUUUUUUUUGUUUGUUUGUUUUUUGCUUCAAAUCCUUGUGACUCACUCAAAAUAUACCAGUGUUAUAUUUUUAUUUAGUUUUUAUGCUCUUCUCAAUCCAGACAAUCGACUUGCUAGGGCUUUCCCGUCACAAGCUAUGAGGGCGUGGCUAGAAUCAAUGAAUAUGUAAGGUUAUUUAUCAGUGCUUAAAAAAAUAAAAUGCAAAAAACAACACUUGAAUCUUAAGUAGGGAAUUGGAGUUCAUGUUGCACUUAUGUAGUCCUCUUCAUUCUGAGCACUUUUUUUUUCUUUCCCAAAGUAUCUUAUUAUUUUUCAGAGGUAAAUUCAGUCUCAGCUAUGUAACCACUUAUGGGAGAAAGGCGCGUGGUCCUUGAAGAACAUCAUUCAAGUAGAUCGUAAUUAACAUAACAUAAACAGACUUGUUUUCAAUCCAGCAAUACAUCAAUGAAUAUUUUUUUCCCCCUUUGGCUACAAAAAUAAAAUAUAGGGAUUUGGUUCCAUAGUGGAGAUUUUCCAAGUCAAUCUAAAGGAUAUGCCUGAAGGACACUUCGUAUUACUCAGUAAUUGGAAGGCAGUGAAGACUACAUUAGCCUGUCUUGCAACAUGGUACAGCGCCAGGCGGUGUCUUUGAUUCAAACAUUGAUUUGAUUAGACUUGUAGAUACCUUUCACCUCUGCAGCAAAUUUCCACGGUGAGAUUGUGUCUCUAAGUAAGCAAGAAAGAUCCCCGAAUAGAAGCAUCCUAAUUAGGGUGAGUAAUGGAUCCUGAGCUGUGGCGUGUGUGUGUGUCUGUGUGCAUGUGUGUGUAUGUGUGAGGCACCUCCCCAGGACAAGGCACCCACCAAAUAAUGCACAUCUACCCGCAGCACUACAAUCAGUUAAAAGGAUCAGCACUUACCUCAUCACGUCGCCAUUGAAAACUGCAUUUAGAGUAAUUGAACUGAAUACAUAUGGAAAUUACUGGACAUGGCCAUGAUUAAAUAAUGUGCGCGAUUAUCCUGCCUUGAGGGAAAGAGAGCGCAUUAUGCCAUUUUCAAAGCCAUUUAGUGACUGAAAUAAAAUUCAAACAACAGCCAUGAUGCACUGUGAUUAAACCCCCACGAGUAUCCCUCGGAUAGUCGCUUCAUGGCCCGGAAGCAGCGGGUGCGAUCACUGACCUGGAAUUAACGACGAACUGAAAGAUGGUAAGGAGUGAUAAAGCCAAUGCCACAUCGCCUCAGUCACAACUUUUAUCCAUUUAUGUGUAUUGACUCAUUUAUUCAGGAACUGCUUUGCAUCAAUAUUUUUCUUCUUCUUCUCUGAUUAAUCCUAACCUGAUACCAGCCUAAGUAGAUGCUUAUCACUGGCACAGAUCUGAAAUGUAUCUCUUCCUUGAUCACCAAAUUGGGGCAGGGAUGAUCAGGCAUUGCUUUGAAUGGAAUAACAGGAGGCUGAUUUACUGUGCGUCAACCACAAAGUAACAGUUUUCUUUUCUUUCUCUCUCUUUCUCUCUCUCGAUGAGUCGGACCCAACACUGACCUUCAUUUUGCUCCUGGAACUAAAGUUUCCUUCAUGUCACCUUUGGAUUUGAAGUCACACUGUAUGACCCCUCUGAAAUAGAAAGAGGAUGACCGUGAUCAAAAGGAUAGGAGGUCACAAAGCACUGAAAUACACAAAAUAUGUUGAAUAAUGUUUAAUUUGUACUUUGCAUUGAUUUAAUGUUGAAUUCACUUGAGUAUAUUUUGCCUCUCUGUAGUCUGUAUUGUAAAGUGAUCAUUUCUGUGGACAGAUGGACAUAUUACUGUUCUGAAAUUGGCAAGCGGUUUUGUUUUUGUGUCGGUCAAAAACUCUUAGCAAAGCGGUUGUGUGAAGAAAAAAAUUUAAAAUAAAAAAAUCUGUUGGUGGUGUUAGUGUACAUAGAUCUCCACGACCUUUUGUCUGCUGUCAAAGCAGGCUGGGAUUUUCGCAUGAAUUCCAAAGAUAAUUGGUAGAAACUGUUCACUGUUUCUUUUCUUUCAGUUUCUGACAUGUCAGUGCUGGUUUAUAUUCCAAAAGUUCCAAACUCUUCAAACAGAAAUUUAACUGCACAUCUAUUUUCAUGUUUUUCACAGUCCAUGGAAAACAAAGACAAUUGCCUCGAGAAUGUCUUUGCAAGAGAGAAUCUAGUUGUUAUCCUAAUUAUUGGUAUAUUUAUAUAGGACAAAAAUGCUUGUGAUGCCAUGUUUUUGUACAGUUUUAUGUACAUACAAGUGAUGCUUUCUAAAAGUUCUGAGAAAAGCCGAUGGCAUAUAAAAAUUGUAACAUGUUUUCUUGAGCUGUGCACAUCUUUGCCUUGGUUGGAUUGACCUUUGCUGAGUCGGUGUGAAUGUGGCCGUUCUAUGCCUGCACUGUAGUCAUUCACUGGCUCCCAUCUCCUGAAGACUUAAUCAAGUUAUGAUAAUUGUGAACAGUGGAUUGUCUUAUCUUACCAGUUUGUUAAACUCCUGUGUUCAACUUUGUUCUGUUUUAGCAU